ARCGAAACUGCAAAAUAACAAAAAUAGCAAAMACAAGAAAGAAAGAAAGCGGGAUUUAUUUAUCCAAAUCAUGAAAUCCUAAAAUCAGUACAAGGACCUGGGUACGAUGCCGGUACGGUGCUCRCUAAUCCUCCAAGCUACUUAACAAAUCMAUUAUCGAAUCGAUAGGACCUCAUGCCCUUGACUUCCGUCUUAUCAAAAUCUCAUGGAAAGUCAAGGUAAACAAUGAUCGCCUUUACAUAUACGUUCUUGAACCGUAAAACUUUUGUAUUGGUUCUAUAAAUGCAUUUAUAAAUCAAGCGUCUCUGGUCUAGCAAAGUGUCGUUUAUUAAGUCAUGUUCAGCUUCACGUCACACAAUGUUCACGUGCACACUCAUGUGACUCACGUCACAGAGGUCAUUCACCUCAAACAAGUCUAUUAUUCCAUCCUCGGCCUYACAAACAGUCUUCGAGAUAUCACUGCAUCUGACACUACUGGUCAACGAUGGAGGCACCGUUAUACCGAAAACUCUCCAACGCUGUGCUUGGGCAAAUUUCCAGGGCUUUAUCUUUAAGUGAAGAAGGGGCAAUCUCAUCAUUGAACGAYACAUUAUUGUUGAAUGUAUUCUUCUAUUUACCUACGCCAGACCUUUUGUGCGUGUCCAAAGUUUGCAAAAGAUGGAAUCAGCUCUCCUCUCAUCCUAUGYURUGGAAAUCAGUAGAUCUGAGACGSUAUUCMAAACCUUUGCACGACAAAUGUCAGCUUCAGUACGUAACCAAGUCGUAUUUGGCGUACAAGGUAACUUCACUGGAUAUGAGCGGUUUUACRAUUCCACAAGCCRUACUUAACACUYUAACAUCGUCUUGUCCUGACCUCAAGAAACUAGUUCUCAARUCAGUAACGUUUUGUAAAGACGACGACGACAACCAAGUGCUGUUUCCAGAAAAUCUGGAAUACCUAGACUUACGUUAUUCAGAUGGUCCUAUUGCUGUUUAUCAAGCAAUGGCAAGGCAAUUUAGCAACCUGCACUGGCUGGGUAUGUGUGAUGCUCUAAUCAUCGCCCUAUCAAAUGAGAAAGUCCUACCAAAUGCAUUUGCGAGCUUAAAAAAAUUAGAAAAGCUSGAUGCGACACACUGCCAACUUGUGAGAGAYAMCUUCCUGUUUAAGUUCUGCCAAUGUGAAAACCUKAGGCUCUUAAGYCUAAGGAAAUGCUUAAACAUAUCGGGUGAAUCUCUACCAGUUCUGCUUGCAAGGUUGAAAGGCUUAGAAACUCUCAUUCUAGAUGGUACMAGUGUGCAAGACGAGUAUCUAAAUCUAGUUGACUGGGAAAACACUAGUAUCAAAUACUUAGAGCUGGGAUGGUGUUCGUUCAUCACAACGGAGGGCCUACAAGGUCUUCUACCAAAAAUCGCCCGCAUAUCAACACUAGAGUACCUAGGCCUUUGCAACGUGGGACAAGGACAAGCUGUAACUGACCACAUCCUAAAAGAGCUGGCUCAGCACCUACAACAAGGUACUUGCCCAAAACUGCACUCACUGAAUCUAAGCUUUUCUAAGCAAAUCACCGAYGAGGGGCUYGGGACAUUUGAGAGCAUGUACUAUAUACAAACACUAGAUGUCACGAAAUGUGCUCAGAUUACAGAAGAAGAUGAUGACUGCAUAUUCUUUGAAGCGCCAGAAAACAAGGAAAGAACAGGUGUAUGUGAAGUGAUUAGUGAAGAGAAGGAUUCCACGACCGAUUCAACGCAACMAGCUUCAWCUAAAAGAGACAGCUGGAGCAGUAGAAGUUCAUUUUCCUCUCAGUAUGAAAUGUCAAGAAACAGGACGAAUAGCCGGACGUCGCUUUCGUCCAUGAAUGACAUGUAUCGAAUGAGAAGUGCUAGUUCGACAUCCCUGGGUGAUGAUGGGAUGCCUAAAAUGAGAAGAAGAAGCAGCMGAGGCUCUUUUUCAACCAUUCAGUUUGCCUUGUCGAACUACACGCUAGAAACUCCUCUGUAAACSUUGGACAAAUGUCAAGGUACUGUCGAAUUAUUUCAAUGAACGCGAGACUGAUUACUACAAACAAUGAAAAUGUAACCCUGAGAAGUAAUUAAGAGUUCUGACAACUGAAUAUCUGACGUCAAUAAUGAUGACCUUUUGAAGAAUCUGUCGGCACGUUUUUAUUGAAGUAUUCUAGAGAUGGAUUGGCCAAGGUCAGUUAUUAUUGUAUUUUGAAGAAAACCAAAAAAAAGUCAUACGAAUAUACAAAAGCUCACGAAACUUUUACAUUGUUAAUAUUGUAAUAUGGGAUAUAUGUGGAAAGAUUCUAAGGGCUUUUAAAUUUCUAGCUAUACAUUGUUCAAUUAUCUGAACAAAAAAAAUAUAGCAACAAUAACAACAACAACAAACAACACAAAACAAACAUACAAACAACAACAACAACAACUGAAGGAAAAACAAAACAACCAAAUAAAUAUAACAAAACAAAAACAUACAAAAACAUACCACUACGACAACCACAGUUAGUGGCAAAGUCAGUAAUAAUUUCUUUUGUGUAAUUAAAAACAAUAUUAAUUAUCAUAAAUCAUUCAAGCAUUACCUCUUUGGGAACAAUGACACCAUCUUUGACAGUGUAGUCACAGCAGAAGUGUAAAACAAUAUUGAUGCGAUUCAGCUCCAUAUCAUAUUCCUCUCUAGUGUUGUACAAACAAAAUUAAAACUGUUAUCAGUUUAUUGUGUAGGACCAAAAACAAUCAAUACUAGUAGUCACGGGUUUCAAUUACCGCUGUUUUAACAGUUCUGUAUUCUUUGAAAUGACUUCAGAAACCAAAUUGGUUGGCAAAGCAUUUCCUAGACAAUCUGAAARUAUCAUGACCAUAUAGUUUCUUUAAUAUAACUGUUAUAGUAACCCGCCCCAUGUUAACGCAUUCAGUGGCACAAUACCAUCUAUGUAAUGUUUUGUAAUCAUUACCAUUGAGAUUCUAAUCCAAGGACAYAAUAAGAUAGUAUUUAUAAUGAUAUAUAUAGUUAUAAUUUUACUGAUAAGAAUAUUAAAUAAAAAUAAAUUGCAUUUGGAACUGGCCAGUUUAAUGGUUACUAUAGUUACGUCACUGAGCUAUACAGCUUACUUUUGUCAAUUGUAGUUGGUUGUAAACAUUUUCUUCGAUAGAAAAGCAUGUAUGCACUUUCUUUCCCAGCAAACUGUUUCUUUAUAUCUUGCUCRUUGAUACAGACAAUUCUGGCAUCAUUCAAAUCAAACCUAAGAAAUCCAGCAGAAGAUGUUAUAGUGAAAAGUAGAUUUCUAGUUCAUUGUUGUCCCCUGACAUCAAGGCUAUUGAUUAAGGCAGUAAAUGAGAAAUCAAUAAACACUCAGUCUUUCAAAAAAUGUAUUUCUACAAAUUUGAGAAUUACAUAAUAGAGUCCUAGAAAAAUAACAAUAGCUCAAAAUAUCUGGGAAUGGUCAACUUUGACAUAUAAGGUGACAGAGUUCAUGCAUUGCAGUAUUCAGAUCCAUGCAGUCUUGCAUAUUGCAUAAAUGUAUGCAGCAUG